CGGGAUACUACAGCAGGCCUUUGGGCUUAUAAUUCCCAUAGAUACCUCCUAAACAGUAUCUAACGAGUUUAGUUGCUAGGUUCAUUUCAAAAACUAACCGAAAGAAUGGACACGGACGAAGACCUAGGCCUAGACAAGCUCUUUUCUGAAGAAAUACUCGGCUUAAUAAUGACCGAGCCCAUAGACCCCGCCCUCUAUGACAUAAAUGUGGAGGCGGAGCUGGCUACUCUUUCUACAGAACAAAGAAAGGAGGAGGAGCUGGACGAGCCAACAGAACCUGCACAAUCUUCUCUACCUAACUCAAAGCGAAUGAAGCUUUCUUCAAGCAGUGCCUCUACCUCCAAGCAAGUGCGUGCAUUUGCACCUCAAUUAACAAAAUAUGAGAUGGAAAAAUUGAAGAAGAGUGCUAUUCCUAAUAGCACAACUUCAGAUACAAAGUACUGCUUCAAGCUAUGGAAUGACUGGUGUGAGUACCGAUUAAAGUGCCAUGGGGAUGUUAUUCCACUAUUGAGUGACCUGAAAUCCAAGGAACUAUCCGAGAACCUGAAAUGCUUCAUUUUUCAGAUUCGGAAGAACGAUGGCUCAGAAUUUCCCCCUGAUACACUGCACCACAUUGUGAGCGGCAUACAGAGGUAUUUGCGAUGGAAUGAAAAUCCCGGGAUUGACCUGUUCAAGGAUGCUUGUUUUGCUGACUUUCGAAUGUGCCUAGACUCCGAAAUGAAGCGCUUGCAGAGAGCUGGACUAGGGUCACAAAAGAAGAAGGCUGAACCUCUAACAGAAGAAGAAGAAGAACUUCUAUGGAACAAAGGUCUUCUUGGAUGCAAAACUCCACAAGCACUGGUUGAUACGGUACUUUUUAUGAAUGGUGUCUACUUUGCUCUACGAAGUGGUAGCGAACAUCGUCAAUUGAGGUCAGAACCAUGCCAAAUUCAAGUAAUUGAAGUUGAAGGACAGCGGUCGUAUUUGAAAUACACAGAAGACAUAUCUAAAAAUCGACCAGGAGGCUUGAAAGGCAGGAAACUCAAGCCAAAAGUAGUGUCUCACUACAACAAUCCCGAAAACCCUGAAAGAUGCUUUGUUCGCCUAUUCAAGCUUUACCAACAGCUCCUGCCAAAAGAUUGUCCUAAAAAUUCAUUUUACUUUCGAGCCUUGAAAAACCCAACACCUACUACUUGGUUUUCGAACAAACCAAUUGGCCACAAUACGCUGGACCAAACAGUGGCUCGACUAUGCUCUGCAGCUAGUAUUAAGGGGUACCGAACGAAUCAUUCUCUCCGUGCAACUGCUGCUACUAGACUCUACAACGCUGGAGUAGACGAACAAAUGAUAAUGGAAACAACUGGACACCGAAGCUUGGAAGGAGUUCGCAGCUACAAGAGAACUUCUGAGUGUCAAAAGAAGUCAGUUUCAGACAUCCUCAACGUAAAGCCAAUUAACAUACUGGCACACACUGAUCACUCACAGAUGGUAAUGCAACAGUCACAAACCAACUGCUGUCAAUUUAUGCCUCCAAACUUUAACUUUAGUAGCUGCAAUGUUACCAUCAAUCUUACAUCCAACAACCAACGUAUUAACAGCGACUGAACAUUAUAAUUUUAUGUCAUUACCAAAAAAAACAGAACAGUUACUUCUCAUUGUUUAUAAUAUACAAUCUACAAAAAAGUUUAAAAAACACAAAAUAAUGAAUGGUUGUUGUGAACAUGAAAAUUACAGGUUUAUAUGAGAAUUUACAGGUUAAUAUGGGAAA